CUGGCCACUAGAGGGGCGGGGCAAGAUGGCGGCUGUGCUGGAGGUGGAGGUUGGCGGCCCCGUUGAGCGUGAGGUGGAGGAGGUCGAUCUUUCACACUUGUCCCCAGAGGAGAGAUGGAGGGUGGAGCACGUACGGAUGCACGCCAAGCACCGCGGGCACGAGGCAAUGCAUGCCGAAAUGGUUCUCAUCCUCAUCGCCACGCUUGUGGUGGCACAGCUCCUCCUGGUUCAGUGGAAGCAGCGGCACCCUCGCUCCUACAAUAUGGUGACCCUCUUCCAGAUGUGGGUUGUGCCUCUGUAUUUCACUAUCAAGCUGAACUGGUGGAGGUUCCUGGUGAUCUGGGUGCUCUUCUCAGCAGUCACAGCUUUUGUCACCUUCCGGGCUACUCGAAAGCCUCUGGUACAGACAACACCCAGGCUGGUUUAUAAAUGGUUUCUGCUAAUAUACAAGAUCAGCUAUGCUACUGGGAUCGUGGGGUACAUGGCUGUCAUGUUUACGCUUUUUGGUCUUAACUUAUUAUUCAGAAUCAAACCCGAAGAUGCAAUGGACUUUGGCAUCUCUCUCCUCUUCUAUGGACUUUACUACGGAGUGCUUGAACGGGACUUUGCUGAGAUGUGUGCAGAUUACAUGGCCUCAACCAUUGGGUUCUACAGCGCCUCAGGGAUGCCCACCAAGCACCUCUCCGACAGCGUCUGUGCCGUCUGUGGCCAGCAGAUCUUCGUGGAUGUCAAUGAGGAAGGGAUCAUUGAGAACACCUACCGCCUCUCCUGCAACCACGUGUAUCCUUCUCUGCAGUUCCCCUUAACGUGCCACCCCCCAGGUUUCAUGAGUUCUGCAUCCGCGGUUGGUGCAUUGUCGGGAAGAAGCAGACAUGUCCAUACUGCAAAGAGAAGGUGGAUCUCAAGAGGAUGUUCAGUAAUCCCUGGGAGAGGCCACACGUCAUGUACGGGCAGCUGCUGGACUGGCUGCGCUAUUUGGUGGCCUGGCAGCCAGUGAUCAUCGGACUGGUCCAGGGAAUCAACUAUAUCCUGGGGCUGGAGUAAGGGCAGGCGAUGAGGAGCCACGGAACCACAAGAGGACAUUGCCACUGGGGAUGCUGGCUUUGCUCCGUCACCUCUCAGGACCUUGGCCACCCCCCAAGGACAGCAACAUCACGACAGCCCCUGCCAGGGCGAGGGGAGGACUUUUUUAAAAAGCAAUUAUUUUAAUGAGCAUAUUUAAAACUUUCUAUUGCAACCAAAAAGAGACACUUGUUCCCUUUCCCUGCCCCUCUCCAGUCCUUUGCAGCGCCCUGCUGGGCUGAGCUUUGGGCUGGGGGCUGUUCUCCAGCUCCCUCCUGCCGCUCUGUCAGGGGAGGCCAUGGGGAGAAUGGACAAGGCUUUGCCAGCUCCAGUGCUAGCACUCUGGAGCAGCCUUGCUGGCAGCAAGUAUGGGAUAUGGGGGCUGCAGAGGAGAGGCUGGAGCCUAGCACCCUGAAAGAGGGGAUGGAAGGUCGCCUGGCUACUCCCAGCUGCCAGAUCUGCUCUGGGUGCCAUGGGUAUGCCAGCAGGAACCAAGCUGCUCUCUGGCAUGGUGAUGGUGGGCUCUGCCUCGGGGAACCCUUUUAUAUGCUCCCAAAUUUUCCGUGUUCCUCCCUGGAGUCCAGUGGUGUCCCCUGACUGACUGCUCGGGGGGGUCAGCCAAGGCAUGGAGUGGGGCCAGUGCUGUUCCUCUCUGUGCCCUUUUGGGUGAUGGUAAUGGUAUGUCAAGAGCAGCCAAGAGCGGCUGUCCCUGCCCCAGGGCGCGGGUCCGCCCUCACUGGGUAUUGCUCUUGGAAUAAAAGGAACGGAGUGAA